AUGGCGAAAAAGAUUUCCGCCUUGAAACCACCAACCUUUGUUGGUAGAGAAGAUCCAUUACUUCUCGAAAAUUGGAUAAGAGACAUUGAAAAGAUUUUCACGGCCACGGGUACGCCUGAGGCCCAGAAAAUAGACCAAGCAACCUUUUACUUGCACGAGGACGCUGAUACUUGGUGGGAAAGUAUAGGACCCGUCGUUAAAGCUCAAGAGAACUUUAACUGGGAAGCGUUUAAGAUAGCAAUUAAGGCUCGAUUCUUCCCCGAGCACAUUUGUAGGCAGAAAUACAAUGAAUUUAGUCGGUUCAACCAAAGAUACAACAUGAGUGUGCAAGAGUACGCUCAGAAAUUCAAUGAGUAUACUCGCUUCUGUCCGACUGUAGUUCCAGAUGAAGGAACUAAGGCUCAAAAGUUUGAAGACGGACUUAAGUUUGAUCUUCAGACUCGAAUGGGAUGUAGUACUCAACUACUUUCGCGGAUUCGUAUGCUAAGGCCUCAAAAAUUCAAUGAGUAUGCUCGCUUCUGUCCUACUUACUCAACUACUUUCGCGGAUGCGUAUGCUAAGGCCUCAAACUUAGAGAGAAUUCUACAGCGCGAGAAAGAAGUGCUAAGUAGGCAUAAAAGAAAGGAACCUGCUAGCAACAGCAACAACCAAGGGUACGAUAAAAGGCCCAACAACAACAACAAUGGUGGACGCUACAACAACCGCAACAAUCAGAAUUCUGGACCACAAGCCCAACAAGGAAAUAGGAUCCAAAAGAACUUCAUUUGCAGGAAGUGUGCCAAGAGCCAUCCGGGAUUCACUUGUCAGGGUGAACAGAUCAAAUGCUUCGCGUGUGGAGAAGUAGGUCACAAAUCUUUCAACUGUCCCAAGAAGCAAACUCAGAAUGGACCAAAUGCAAACAAUGGUAACAAUGGCAACAAUGGAGGUGGAAAUAGAAUUCAAAACUUCGUUAACAACCGCCCUAAUGGAGGAAAUGCUGCACAGAACGGAAACCAGAACAAUCGCUCUUUUGGAAGCGGGAAUGGAAACUAUGGAAAGAAUGGCAAUGGAGGCUACACCAAUGGAAGAAUCAAUGUCAUGAGCCGAAUGGAAGCUGACACCGAUGCUAACGUCGUGACUGUCAUAGCUGGUACUGAAUUACCGACCGACCUUAUUCUUUUUGACCUGAAAGACUUUGACAUUAUCUUGGGAAUGGAUUGGUUAGCUAAGUAUAAGGCCAAAAUCGAAUGUCAUAACAAGAAAAUAUCUCUUAGAGGACCAAAAGGAAAUAGGAUAUCUUACAAAGGCAUAAUCUUCCAGCAUGAUGUCAAAAUAAUCUCUGGCUUGAACCUUCAAAUCUAUCCUAGAAAAGGCUACCCAGUCUACCUAUGCCAAGUAAGGGAUGUAAGCGUGGAAAAUGAGGAGUUGACUCAAAUUCCGGUAGUAAAGGAGUUUCCUGAUGUAUUUCCCGAAGAGUUACCUGGAAUGCCGCCUGUCAGAGAAGUGAACUUCAAAAUCGACUUGGCCCCGGGAACAGGACCUAUCUCUAAGGCUCCGUACCGAAUGGCACCUGCAGAAAUGCAAGAAUUGAAGGUGAAGUUGGAGGAAUUAUUGGAAAAAGGGGAGUUGAAUAAUGUCACGGUAAAGAAUAAAUAUCCGCUCCCGAGAAUCGAGGAUUUGUUCGAUCAACUUCAAGGAGCAGCAGUGUUUUCAAGGAUCUAUUUGAGAUCGGGAUAUCACCAAUUGCGAAUUGUUGAAGAGGACAUUCCGAAAACAGCCUUUCGUACGAGAUAUGGCCAUUAUGAGUUCACAGUUAUGCCUUUUGGCCUCACUGAUGCGCCAGCAGCUUUCAUGGACCUCAUGAAUAGGACUUUCCAGCCAUACUUGGAUAAGUUCGUGAUAGUAUUCAUCGACGAUAUAUUGGUGUACUCGAAGGAUAAAGAAGAUCAUGAGGAUCAAUUGAGGAAAGUAUUGGAGAUUCUUCGAGAAAAGCAAUUGUAUGCCAAGUUCUCAAAGUGUGAAUUUUGGUUGGAAAGAGUAUCAUUUUGGGGUCAUGUGAUAUCAAAAGAAGGAGUUUCCGUAGACCCAUCGAAGAUUCAAGCAGUGACCGAUCGGCCUCAACCUAAGAACGUCACCGACGUAAGGAGUUUCUUGGGUUUAGCUGGAUACCGAAGGCUUAACCAAUUCUUUAAUUACUCACCCUCUAGUUUAUUUGUUAUUGAAUUGAUUUGUGUUCUUUGA